UUAUCAUUCACUCAGAAAAGUUUUGCAAUGCGAAGUAGUAGUAGUAAGAACAAGUUUCUCGAUAAUUUAUUUUAAUAAUAUUUAUGAAUACUAUGAUUAUUAAUACGUUUUAGUCAUUUUGGACUCACCUAUAGAACUAUAAAAUAGUGUUAGGAACGACUCAGUGGUUAAUGCACGUGUUAUAAAAUUCUUCACACCUGUUUUGUUUAUUUUUACAAGCCACAAAUUUUCAAAGUUGUUUACAACUUUCAAGUUCUUGAAGUGUUGUUUUGACGAUGGCUCGAAAAAUAUAUUUUUUAAUUGCGUUAGUGUGCAUAGUGUCGAUAGUAACAGCCUGUAACGAGGCAAUUUGUGCGAGUGUAGUGUCUAAAUGCAUGCUGACACAGUCUUGUAAAUGCGACCUAAAGGACUGUUCGUGUUGUAAAGAUUGUUUUAAUUGCCUCAGUGUCCUGUACAGCGAGUGCUGCAGCUGUGUUGAUAUGUGUCCGAAGCCAAAUGACACUCAAACAGAGCUGUCCAAGACAUCAUACGUGGAAGAGUUGGGAGACGGUGUCCCUGGUCUUUUCGCUGCACUCACCAGCGACCCAGACCCGCAGCAGAGAUGGCUGUCCAUCACAUACCCUGUAGAUAUUGACUUGUCAGCGUACAGGGCUGUGCCGGAGAAGCAAGUAGUAUAUCAUUUACAGAGCGUGGAGCAAGAGCCGGAGCCGGUGAGCCGCGACGUGGUCACGUUCAACUGCACCGUCGCGUACAUGUCGCAGUGCAUGUCGUGCGACAAGUGCCGCGCCUCCUGCAGAUCUAUGGGCGCCAAUAGUAUACGAUGGUUCCAUGACGGGUGCUGCGAGUGCGUCGGAGAUAAGUGCCUCUACUACGGAAUUAACGAAAGCAGAUGUUUGGCAUGUCCCGGGGGAAAGGAGACCACAGUAAACACUCUUGACGAAGACCUCACCUACGAUGACCUGGAUUAUGGAGAAGAUGUAGACGCGCAGGCUGUUUAAAACUAUAUAAUACUCUGUGGUAUGAUAUAAAUUAUGCUUAGUAUUUGUUGAGGUGAAGUUUGGCUUUAAAGUAGUCGAUGAGGAUUACAUACAAUUUAUGUAUUUAGAAGUAUUUUAUGUAUGUAGCGACUCGUUUUAAUGCCAUAAUAUUUAACUUAUAGGGUGUUUGAAAAUAUGAGAUUUGUAAGUUAAGCAAAUCGUGAGAACAAGUAGUUAUAUUAAUGGAAAAUAUUCAGAUAGUAAUCGAAUAAGUGGAAAUGUCAUUUACAAAUCCGAUUCUAUCCCGGAUUCCUUCGGGAGUCCUAAUAGAAACUUUUUUUGGGUUGAAUCGAUAUAUUCAUGAAAUGUGUCAAUUGUAUUUUAAAUAUUUAUAUAAAUCAUUGUGUAGAGCAAUUUCAAGUAGAUGUUAAUAUUGUAUUUCAAUAGUUUAAGUAUAUUGUAUUACGAUGUUUUUAAUUAUUGCCUAAAUGUAUGCCCUGCUUUAAAAUGAUAAUCUCAGGUUUGUAUUUUAUUUAAGGUCUAGAUAUAUUUAAGUAUUAUAAAAAGUAGAUUAAAUACUCUGACAAGACUUCUCCAGAGUCGCGCUAUCUGUACUAUGGGAAGCCAAAAAACUAAAUGUAAUUAAUUACUUUAAAAUUAUCCCUUUGUUCUGACAGUUCAAUAAAACUGAACAAAAAUAAUUGACUGAAAAGCUGUGGAAAUUGGUUUACAUUUCGUUUUUUCUUCCCUGCAUAAAACAAUGGGUCCUAAGUAAACUAUAGUAUCUGGAAAUAUUGGCAUAUUCACUUUCUUUAGCGUUAAGCUAUUUAGGUAGGUUUACUACAAAACCCAUCUAAUUAGAAAAAUUAUAAACGAAAAAGAAUCAUCAUUGAAAUCUUCAUUUCCAAAUUUUUUUUACGGGUUUGAUUGUAACCAGAGCCUAGGUAACAAAACGCUAAAAAGUUAAUAUUGCAUUUUUUUUAAAUACGAUAGUUUACUUAGGAGUCAUUGAAAAUAUAGUUUGGUAGAAUUUUAACAUAUUAAUAUUAGGUAUUCACGUAAUGUCACAAAUUAUACAUAACUUUUACUGCGGUUUGGUAGGCGUUAACUUUUCGGUGAUAUAAAUAUCAUCCAUUACAACUUGAAUGUAAAGAAUGUUAAAAACGAUAAACAAGAUAGAUUUAAAUAUUAAAAUUCAAACCCGAAUGCAUAAUUCGAAUCUCAGGCAUUUUCCGAUAGUCUUUAAUGUUUAUACGAUUAACGUACUGUAAAGCAGAAAUUCGGUUAUGAAAGUGACAAGCAUUGGAUAUCAAAUCGUGAUGUUCUGGAAGGUGGUAUACGGAGGAUUCUCAGCGAUCGUGUGUUUGAUAAUAUUUAUCCAUUUCUGUCAGUUAAGAGUUGCGCGUAUUCUCUCUACAACGUUUCCUUGAUAAUAUAAUACUUUUACUUCAAACCGGCCGGCAUAAUUGCGUCGAUUGCCGAGGAAUAAUCAUCUCUCAAUCGACGUUAUCUGAUACUUAGAUUACCAUCAGGUGCAGUGCGUUCACUUUAAUGUGCCUUAUAACAAAUACCUCCACUUGAAUUUUUUGACGCGGUAUAAUUUUAUAACAUCUAUUACCAUGCCUGCAGGACACCAAAGUCACCUUUUUCUAAUGUCAUUGAACUUUAAAUCAAACUAAGGAUAAAUAACAAGAAUAUAUUUACUCCAUAGUAACGUGACUGUAUUGAUUAUGUGCAUCAUAUAAUAUGAUAUUGGCGAGGUGCCAUCAUCCCGAAUUGCUCUCUAUAUUUUGUUGCACAAUAAAUCUGCAGUUUUGUUGCAUACGGAUGAUUAUUUGUGAUGCUAAAUCCAGUGUUAUCUCUCCAAGGUUUUCUGGAAGAAAAUGCUUAAAAUAGUUUGUUCCUGAUGAAUAAUCAUAAUUUUAUGGUUAAGGGGCUCAGUUGCAUUCAAUGUAUUUCCGAGAUAAGAGAAUAAAAUGCUUACGGCAUCUUAUGUAUAUUAUAUUUUUGAAUCAUUACGAAAUAAUGAGUUCUUAUGUCUACAUGUAUAUGUUAGACCUUAAAAUAAAACUAUUUUACGGAUUUUAUCGAACGAACGAACGCGAAGGCUGCAUUCUUCGAAUCGUUGGGAGAACAACAUAAUAUAAAAAAUGCGAUAAAAUAUAUAAAAUUGUUUUAUUUCAUUAGGAAAUGUCAAGACCCAUAAUUUGUGUAUAUAUAUGAUCAUAUAAAUCUGAGCGGCUAUAACAACAUAAAUAUCUAAUCAUAUUAUUAUAUAAACGUGAAUAAUUCUUACAGGCGAUGUUGUCAUCAUGUUUGAAAAUUAUCUAUAUUCCUUUAUAAUAAAUUUAGACCCCUUAUUCAUAGACGUUAUUUAUCUGAGGACGGAGCAUUGCUGUGAUAACAAGUCUGUUUCUCAGUGCUGACGCCAUGGCAGCCUUCGCAGUACGUAGACAUAGGGCCAUUGUGAAUGGCUAAUAUUGAGAUACAACUUGAUUCUAGUUGGCUGUCGGAUAAACAAAGCUGAGAAACAGACUGGUUAUUACAGAAAUGCUCCCUCCGUCCUUAGAUAAAUAACGUCUAUGAAUAAGAUAGUAAGUAUUUAACGCCCAAAAAUAUUAUAUUAUAUAUAUUUUUUUUUGUUUUUACAAUUAUCUACUUAUAAUACCGAUUAUGCUUAUGUCGUAUAAGAACAUCACAAAUAUAUUUAGUACUAAUUACUUUUAUAAGUUUUCUGUGUACAAUAAAAUGCAAUCAUUUCAAAAUGUAUGCUGAGACUAAGGACAAAUUCCAAAAUUAUAAAAACAUGCUAUACACAUUGUGGAUUAUAAUAAACUUAUAGGAAAACAAUAUUAUGUAUUUUUCGGUAAAUAAGUAUAUUUUCGAAAACAAUAAGAAGCCUUGCUCUUAAUAUUCAAGAGUUACUGCACGAGAAAAAUAGAAUCUCAUUUCCUUAUAAUUUUUUUAUUAAUAUUAAUGUAUUUAUAUUUUCCGUCCGAUUCGUUUGUAAAUUUGAAAAUCGGGGUCCAUUCUAAUAAUUACGACAUUACUAAAAACUUUAUUUUCUAUAAAUAUUUACGAACGAUUUCAAUAUUAUGUCAUAUUGUCAUGCUGUUAAAGUUUGCAUAAGUAAUUGUCCUAGUAGCAAAAUGUUCAAAAGACCUAUCGGUCUUGUUAACAACUUGGCUUAAGCCAAAAAUAUACGAAUGGGCUCUAAUAAUUUGAUAAAAUUUAUUAGCUAAGAUAUUAUGAUUGUUAAAUUUAAAUAUUUGAAUAUAUUUGAACGAAAAUGUCUCAAGUGCCAAACGAGUUGCUUGUACAAAAAAUAUGCCAUUAUGUUAAUGUAUGAAAGUAUAAAAAUCAAUCACUGAAUGUCAGUGUAGCCAUAAAAAUAGUAAAUAAGAAACAAUGAACGCAAGAAAGGUCUAAGCGAAAUUUUACUCAAAAUACAUUAGUCGAUAGAAAAAAGUUAUUUUACGUUAUACUUACAAAAUGGCCCUUAUUAGCAAGGUAAAAGGGCAAUUUGAGAAUCAAAACUUAGAACGAAAUUAACCAAAAUAAUAAUUUGGUUAAAAAAAAAUUGUUUGGCCAAAAGAGUUUUAGACCUUAAUGAAAUUAAGUUUGUACUGGUAACGUUCUUUCUCAGUGCCUUUUAUAACUGUAUUUUUAUAUUUUUGUAACACUUUUGUCAUGUUACAAAUUGGUUUAUAUACGAAAAGUAAAUUUUAAUUUAUAUGAA